ACACUCCUAGGACUGUUGGUUAAAGGAAUGAUAACAGAUUUUGGAGAUAACAUGCAUUGCCAGUUUCUUGAGAUUCUUCGCAGUUUAUUGGACUCUUGCACGUUAUCUGGAGCCCAGAGGGACACUAUUAUUGAUAUCUUCUAUGAGAAGCAUUUGGGGCAACUGAUCGAAGUAAUAGCAGCAUCAUGUCCUUCUGUUGCUCGUGCAAGUAGCAAUUCAGUGGAUCCCAGUCAAAGGGUCAAGUGUCGGAUGGAAACAAAACCAGAGAUAUUAUCAAACAUAAGCGAAUUAUUAUGCUUUUGUGUGCUGCAUCACCCAUACAGGAUAAAAUGCAACUUCCUUUUGAACAAUGUGAUUGACAAAAUUUUGCUUUUGACACAAAGAAGGGAGAAAUACUUAGUUGUUGGUGCUGUUCGAUUUGUUCGUACUAUCCUCUCUCGUCAUGACGAGCAUCUGAUAAAUCAUUUUGUUGGGAACAACCUUCUCAAACCAAUUGUAGAUGCUUUUGUUGACAAUGGCCAUCGCUACAAUCUGCUAAACUCUGCAGUUCUAGAACUUUUUGAGUAUAUCCGGAAGGAGAAUCUAAAAUUGUUGGUGAAAUAUUUAGUUGAUUCUUUCUGGCCUCAGCUUGAGAAAUUUGAGUAUUUGGCUUCCAUUCAAUCACUGAAAGUAAAAUAUGAGCAGUGUUUAGAUAACGGGGGGCCAAAAAGUACUGUUAAUGUGACUGACCCCCGGAGACGAAUUGAUGAACGGGCUCUAGAGAAAGAAGAGGAAGACUACUUCAACGAGGACAGUGAUGAGGAAGACACAGCUUCUGCAUCCGUUUCCCACAAUCAGAAAGGACAGCCACAGCAAUCUAAUUCAUCUAAUGGUUCUGCAAGCGUCUCACAGACAAGGUCUGGUGGUCUAGUAGACUAUGAUGAUGAUGAGGAUGAUGAGGAUUACAAGCCACCGCCAAGGAAGCCAGAAGCUUCGGAUGAAGAUGAAGGGACUAUGGAGUCUCUCAGGCUAAAACGGAAAUUGCCUCCCAAAGACAGAGAAGCCGAGCAUGUGAAGAAGCAGAAGUGGUUCAAGUAUCCAAAGUCUAAAGAUGGUGUUUUUUCUGCCCUAUGUUCAACAACACUGAGCCAGGCCGUGCUUCCUGCUAAGAAAACUGCAAUCAACGUACAUGGUAGUCCUGACGCAGCUGAAGGGAGAAUGAGCUCUAGUGACAACAGUGAAGAAAAGGCAUCAAGUGCUCCUAGAAACUCUUCAGAUAAUAACAGCGCAACCGCUGAAGUGAAUCAUGUAGAGGAAGAAACUACUGCCUCGAGGAACUGUUCUGAUCACUUGCAUGGCAACGAAGAUAAUAGACAGUUGGAUGGUGAGGAACGUCAACUGGUGCCACCAAAUUCCUCACCGGAGAUGGCUGUAAAUGGAUCAUAAGUAGUAUUUGGAACCAUGUACAACAAGGCACGGAUAGUCUAUUCUAUUAUGACGUGGAUUUGCUAGUGAGCUGACUGCCAAAGCAAGAGCUUUGAGACGACGAAGGACAAGGGACAUGGGGGAAAUGUCGCUAGGUACCAUACCGCCAAAGAGGAUCACGAGGAGAUAACAUAGCGUGGCACCUAAGAGGCGGGGAAGAUAUUAAUGCCAUCAACUUGGAUCUUAUCCUCUCCUCCGGCUCCUUGUCUAGUAAUUUCUUGCUUUUUUGUAUAACAUUCAUCAGCAUUAAUUUUCAUCUUUUCUUUUUCUUUCCCUUUCUCUGCUCUCUCUGUUUUUUUUUGCUUACUCGAGCCCUUUUCAUAAAUCCUGCCAGAAAAGAGGGUGGGUUGGGGAAUGGGGGUGAGGGAGAUAGAGUCCUGUUACCAUCAUUCCCUUUUUCGGUUGCUUGAACUUGGUGAUCCAGGGCAUCAAUAUCUGCCUUCCACAGGUUUUCUCAUUUUUUUUUUAAAUGUUUUUGCGGUGGAUAUGGUAACAGGAUUGUGCAGUGAGUUUGUAGGGUCAAUUUUUAGCAAAUGUAGCGAGUUAAAAGAAUCCAGUGUAUAUUUAAAUAUUAAAAUUUCAAUGUAUUUUUCAACUUUA